AUGCCUCGACUGGCGGCAAUGCUAGCAGUGGGACAACUCUUCCUUUCGCUCGCAUUUGCUGCCGAAAAUGGAUGCGUUGCUCCAGUAUUGCUGCAGAGACAGCAAUCAUUGCAUGAGCAUGACGCAUUGAAUCGUGAGGUGAAUAUACUGCACAAUGAAAGCAACAGCAAUCGCAGCAACGAAAACAACGAAAGCAACGAAAGCAACGAAAGCAUGCCAGGCAAUGCUACUGGCGAUGAAAAAGAGAAGGAGGCGGAGCAGAUUCUCAAGUGGCUCAAAAAGAUGAUGGGAGAUGCUGUUGGAAGCAAUGUUUGCCAACCUGACGGACCAGCUGGUGCACUGCUCCGAAUCGUUCAGUCCGACAAGAGCCCUGACAUCAUGGCGAUCGAUUUGACCAAUGCCUUCAAUGCCAGCCAGGUGGUCCAGAUUUUAGUGACCACCAUGGUCACAGAUGGGACCUAUGUCGAAGGCGCAGGUUUCUUGGCCACCCUCGGGCAGAACACCGACGUUUACCUUGAACUUGAGCUGGACCGUGCAAGGUCAGUGGUCAACGUCUACCAACCGCAGAUGGCUUUGCGGACCUCUGACGUGGAGUCCCAGGAAGCUGUCCAGAGAGGUGCAGGCGAUGGCUGGUUGGAUGUGCUGCCAAUCUCUCCAUGCCCAGCUCCAUUGGAUCAAAAUGUCGUUGUGGACGUGUCACCACUGGUGGCCAAGAUGUUCUACACCUUUCAACUUGGAGAAGUCGUCAACUACCGCAUCAUCAACUCACAGGCAUUCCCUUCCAAUUUGGACCUCACGGUGGAGUACCUGAGCGUCGUGCCGGUGACGUUGGGUUUCUCUUUGCAGGUUCUUCCUGCGAAGCCCAUGAUGACCCGGGCAGCCGAUGAUCGUUUGCUGUACUUUACCUCAGAUUUCACAGACAUCGGAUAUCACUCGGCAGACGUGAAGACCCUGCCCAGUGAGGCCGUGGACCGGGAAACUUCCGUGAUUUGGCGAUGGGAUUUGGCAAAGUUGGUGGACCGAACCAUCAGGAUCUAUGUGGAUCCUACGGUGCCUUCUCGCUGGCGGAUCUGGGUGAAGGAGGGCGUUGAAGCUUGGAACGCUGGCUUCGCACUGCUGGGUACACCUGCUUUCGUCAAGGCAAUCCUCCCUGAAGAGUCGGAUUGGCCAACGGAUUACGACCUGGCAGAUGCUCGGUACAGCACCAUUUCCUGGUCCAUCUCCGAUGAGGUCUCCAGCGAAGGUGAUGCCAAGGUUGAUCCACGGACUGGAGAGAUUAUCAAGGCGGACAUUCGAAUGGGUGAAGGCUGGGUUUGGGCAUGGCUGAAAGAGCUGGAUUUGUUGGCCCCCAACGUGACUCAUGCAGAGCGUGUGGACCUUUUUACAAGGUCUAGUAGUACUAGUAGCCUCCAUGGAUCCCACGGACAGCUCCGUGAAGCCCGGCCUCUAAGGCGUUUGAAGAAAGAUCGAGUCCAAAGGCAACAAAAGGCACAAGACUUUUCCGGCGAUUCCCUUGUUCUCAGACAGACGCGUGGCAUCUCUCCUUUGCUCUUGGCUGCCAUUGGACCCAUGACGGAAGCGCAGCUGGAGGUGUUGAUGGGCGAAGGGCUUCGAAGUGUCAUCAUGCAUGAAAUGGGCCACAUCUUGGGGCUCAGGCACAAUUUCAAGGGCAGCACUGCCAUCACGCAGAAGUGCUUGCAGAACAUCAGCUGUACCGAAAGGCAUAGCAUCACUGCAAGUAUCAUGGACUAUGUCCCCCUGAAUCUCCCAAAGAACAACACGCCCGUGCACAUCUUCCCACCGACGAUCGGUGCAUACGAUCAAUUGGCCAUCCGUUACGGCUACAGUGAGGCCCCAGACCCGGCCUCUGCUACAGUUCUGUUGAAUGAUAUCAGAGGAGAAGCAGAAGAAUUCGACGUGUGCUACGACAGUGAUGUGGAGGGUGAAGAUCCAUAUUGCAUGGCGGAAGACCUGGGAGAGGACCCAGUCGCCUUCCAAGAGGAUCGAAUAGAACGUUUGGCAGCAGCUCAGAAGUCCUUGCACACCACCUUUGUCCAGGUGGAUGGCCCAUGGCGACAUUAUGGAGCUGCUGUCAAGUCUUUGUUCAGGGAGGCCCUCUACACUGGAAUAAGCUUAGUUCCUUGGAUUGGCGGCAUUCACAAUCACUACGUGCACCGUGCUGCCGUUUGGAAUUCCUCAAAGGCCAGGCAGCCAGUGCCUCUGGCACUUCAGCGCCGUGCCUUGGAAGCUCUACUGACGUUGCUACGGCCUUCCAAAGCCGGGCUGCUACCACCACCAGAGGCCCUGCCUUUCGUGGUGGAUGGCGAGGCAGAUACCAUCAACAGCAUCGAUCUGGCGCAGGUCAGUGAGCACCUGAUCAAGUCCUUGUUGAAGAAGCUCUUGUCGAAGAAGAAAUUGAUGCAAAUUCGAAAGCAGGAGCUCCUUCUAGUGCAGAAAAAUGCAUCGAAGCCUUCUGUCCUCACUGUGGGAGACUUCCUCACAAGGAUGGGCGAUAGCAUUCUGGGUGGCUUUCAUUUGAAUUUGGAAAAUCCCAAAGCUGCAGUCCCUUCGACAGUAGAAAUGACGCUUCAGCUGGAGUAUGUUCGGCAUAUGACACAACUCUACUUGAGCAAGGAGCUGCCAGAGUCAUUGGAAGCACAGCUGUUGCUUCAGAUGCGGCAGUUGCGUGGUGACACUCGAGCUGCAGAGAAGCGCUUGUCAUCCUCCAAGGUUGAAAAAACUCAGCCUGUGCAGCCGCUGCUGGAGGCACAUUUGGCUUUGCUGAAUCGUGAGCUAGGGUCAGCGUUUUGCUCGCCGGAAGAGAGACCAUGUCUUCCUCCUCGUGUUCGCGAGACACUUCAGUCAGCUGCAUCUCCAUUGGGUUUUCAAGCGCUGCUGGUAUUUCUCCUGGUGUCCUUUGGUUUCGGAUGCUAA